AUGGAACGAAAUGGAAGUGUGCUUAUGCAACGAUAUGAACUCGGGAAGUUGUUAGGCCAGGGAACUUUUGCAAAGGUCUACCAUGCAAGGAACCUCAAAAACGGCAUGAAUGUUGCCAUCAAAGUUAUUGAUAAAGAAAGGGUUUUGAGGGUUGGGAUGAUCGAUCAAAUUAAGUGCGAAAUUUCAGUGAUGAGACUUGUCAAGCAUCCACAUGUUGUUGAGCUUUACGAGGUAAUGGCGAGCAAAACCAAAAUUUACUUUGUCAUGGAGUAUGUCAAAGGCGGCGAACUCUUCGACAAGAUAUCCAAAGGAAAGCUCAAUCAUGAUGAUGCUAGGAGAUAUUUUCAGCAAUUGAUCAGUGCCGUUGAUUAUUGUCAUAGUCGAGGUGUGUGUCAUCGCGAUUUAAAACCAGAAAAUCUUCUGUUGGAUGAAAAUGGAAAUUUGAAGGUCUCAGAUUUCGGGUUAAGCGCGCUUGCCGACACUAAGCACCAAGAUGGAUUACUCCAUACUACAUGUGGCACCCCUGCGUAUGUCGCCCCGGAAGUGUUAAACCGAAAAGGAUACGAUGGGACUAAAGCUGAUAUAUGGUCAUGUGGUGUGAUCUUGUAUGUUAUGUUGGCUGGUUUUCUUCCGUUUAGAGAUCCAAAUUUGAUUGAGAUGUAUAAGAAAAUCGGUAAGGCGGAUGUCAAAUAUCCUAACUGGUUUUCUUCGGAUGUACGCAGAUUGUUGUCAAAAAUAUUGGAUCCAAAUACAAAGUCGAGGAUAUCUUUGGCCAAAAUUAUGGAAAGUUCUUGGUUCAAAAAGGGGCUAAAGAAGCAUAUCGUUACCGACACAGACAACAAAGAACUAGCUCCUCUCGACAUAGACGAAGUAUUUAAAGCUUCUGAGAAUGACAAUAAUGUUGAUCUUCCAAAACCUUGCAAUAACUUAAACGCUUUCGAUAUCAUCUCCUUUUCGUCAGGUUUUGACUUAUCCGGUUUGUUUGACGAGAAAGAACGGAAGACAGAAAUGCGGUUUACGUCUAACAAGCCUGUUUCGGUUAUCAUCUCCAAGUUUGAAGAAAUUUGCAAGAGUCUCGGGCUAAAAUUGAAGAAAAAAGACGGAGGUUUGCUCAAGUUAGAAGGUUCGAAGGAAGGAAGGAAAGGACGUUUAGGUAUCAAUGCAGAGAUUUUCGAGAUCACACCGGUCUUCCAUUUAGUCGAGCUGAAAAAGUCGAACGGAGACACGUUGGAGUACCAAAAGCUUUUGAAAGAGAAUGUUAGGCCUUCACUUAAAGACAUUGUUUGGACAUGGCAAGGAGAACAACCUGAAGGACAUUGUUUGGACAUGGCAAGGAGAACAACCUGA